CAACUCUCUGCGACUUCCCAUUUGGUGACGAAAGAUCGAAGUGAUGGCGAAGAAGACCCUCUUGUUUAAAGGGAACAGUUUAUUCAUGAUGUCUUAACGGAACAUUAUGCGAUACUGUUUAUUUAUUUGGAUUAAUAAUGAAAUUUGGUUUCAAAACAUCUUCUUGUCCACAUGAAAACGGAGCGAUAUUUAUAUUUGCUUCUAAAAAUGACAACUGUCUUGUAUGCGACAGUGUGUGCGUUCGUUGCUUUUUCUGCACUCGGUAACUCCUCUAAUUUAACAAACAAAAGUGAACCACUUAAGUCCUUUGAGACCUACGGUUCGGACGGACGGUUUGCGAUCGUUUGCGAUGAGAAGGACAUUGUGUGCAAGAGAGACAACAUAAGUCUCGAAGCUGUCUAUGAAAUCCAUCGCCUCAUAGAUGACGAUCAAAAUGGCAAUGUUGACCAGUUAGAGAGCGAUGAGUUUAUGAGAGAUGAACUUCAGUACAAAGAUGGGUCAAAUGAGAGGCUGUCGAUUUUCCAUGGCAACGAUAAGUUAAUAAGUGUGGAGGAUUUGUGGCAUGCUUGGAAGAAGUCACAAGUUUACAACUGGACUAUAGAGGAGGUCACAGAGUGGCUAGCAAAACACGUAGAGCUUGGUCAAUAUGUGUCCACUUUCCAGCAGGCCAAGAUUGAUGGCACCAUGUUACCAAGCAUUGCCAUACAGAAUAACAAUUUCACAAAGAAUGUCCUAAAAAUAAAGAAUGCCAUUCACCGACAGAAGAUCUCCGUGAAGGCCAUGGACCUCAUCUUGUUUGGUCCCCCUAAAGAGAAACAUAAUUUUGUGAAGGACCUGAUUCUAAUGACCUCCCUUAUAACUGCCCUCCUGGGGUGUGGCAUUGCCUACACAUUCCACAAAUCCUCCAAAGUCCAGAUGAAGAAGGUCAUGGAGGAGAUGGAAAAUUUACAGAAGGCUGAAAACUCUUUGAACCAACUUCAGAAAAAACUGAAUACAGCAGAAGAGAAACAGAAGUCAGCUUAUCAGGAGAAAAAAACCCUGGAGAUGAGAUACCAGGACGAAAUCGAUAUGGCCAAGAGAGAGGCAGAAAAACUAAGAAAGGAAAGGGAGGCAGGAAAACAGGUGGAGAAUUCAGCUCUUACUCUGGCAGAAAGGGAGUUAGAACAGGUGAGAGCAGCUCUCAGGGGGGCAGAAAAGGAACUGGGGAAGAAGGUUCACUCUGUUCCACAAGAACUCCAAGAAUGGCUUCAACUGACGUAUGAAACGGAACAGAUGUACUUCAACAUCCACAAGAGAGAGGCUGAGAAACAGCUGGAGCAGGCCAGAGAGGAGUGCAGAAGAAUUCAGAAGAAAAGAGGGGCAUUAUUUGGACCUCUUAGGAUGGCUCCAACAAACUCCAUUGACCAGUUUGAUAAUAAGAUAGAGAGUGCCAGGCAGGCCCUGGAUGAAGUUAGAAAAUGUUUAACAGAGAAAUCCCAGAGGUGGCAUAAUAUAGAAAUGUUAUGUGGCUUUCCCAUCAUCAAUAACCCGGGGAAAGAGCAUCUUAUACAGAAAUUAUUUCUAGAUACUACCACAGGUGGAAAUAACUUUUCCUCAGCUCUAGGCAGCUUAGAUGUGGAUGCAGCAGAGCUGGAUGAAGACGCACAGUAUGGCUCACCUCGGUCCAAGUCAGCAGCCUUGUAUUAUUCGUCUACGAUGUCAAAUGGUUAUACGCGACCAUCCCUGUACACAGGGUACAACAUGCAGGUUCGACAACGACCUAAAGCCCUGGUGGGGAGCAGUUCCUCGCUGGCUCGGGUAGGAUUUUCUGGCAGCACUAACUCUCUGGGCAGACCAGGGCAUGUAAACAACAGGAUAGCAGAGAGUCCUGUAUCUCCACUAUCAGAGACGACCAGUGUCAUUUCUGAUUCCGACAGACCUCUCUUUAGCCUGGAUGAGAGUUCAUCAGAGUCGCCAUCAUCGUCUGAGAUGGACAGAUCUACAGACCUCACUCUCACACGUACAGAGGAUUCCGACUCGGACUCCAAAGGGACCAGACACAGCCACCCUCCCAUAAUGAACGGAGGAGGGGUCGUAAGUCGGCAGAGGUCAGACACCCACGAGAGGGACAGUGGGGGGAACUUCUCCCUACCCCCCAGCACAAAACUAAUCACCCAAAACUCCAGUCCCGUGCUAAUGCCCAAGUCCCAGUCAGAACUCAACAUAAAGAAACUAAUGUUGACAUCUAUUAGUGUAGACGGUGGCAAAGGCGAGGACAAGGAGAGACAAGAAAACAAGAAAAAACGAAAUCAGUUUCUCAAACUGUUCAAGAAGAAAAAGGCAUAGAAGGGCAAGCUGUGAUGUGAUAUGUUUAUCUAGGUCUACAAAUAAAUGGGUUUCUGUGAAAGGUCGGUGGUAAAAAAAUAUUAACACAUACAUAAAAUGUUGUGUCAUAUAUUUUCCCCAUGAUUGCAAGGAAUAGGGUCAAAUCGAAGGUCAUGUGAAAGAAGGGAGAUAAUCCUAACAGUGUUGUGCCACUUUAUUUCUUUUAACAUUAAAACAGAUUUCUAAAAUCUAUUUCACUGUGCUUUUCAUGUGCUUUUUUCAUACAGUUUUUGCAAUUGAUAAAGACAUUUAUGGAUUAAAUGGUUCUUAAGCAUUGAGGCCUUAUUUUUGUUCUUUUUUUCCCUGUAUUUCAUAUGGUUUAUAAUCCAUACUUUAUCAUGGUUGAACUUUGUUUUCAUUUCGUUAAGGCCAUUUAUAAUUUUAUUGUACAAACAAGAUUUCUUAGUUUUUGUAAAUCUAUGUAGGAAUUGUUUUAUUCCAGUUUCAGUUGUCAUUACUGAUGUUAAACAUUUGAUGUUCAUCUAUUAAGUAUCUUGAAGGAAGUCAUGACCAGUAAUAUAUUAGAGAAUAUGUAUAAAGUUCAGCAUGUAAUAACAAUAUUUAUGCAAAUUUAUUUUUUGAUUAAUUUUAUUGAUAAUUUGAUAUACUUCAUCUGAUUGGUACUACCAAGGUAAUGCUCAAUUUUUCAAACAUAUAUAUUAUUCAGCAGAAUUAUGUCAACAAAUGAUAAGGAAAUGAAAAAAUCACUAGAUAGGUACCUAAAAAAUUUUUUUCUCAAUUUAGAUAUAUUUAAUUUUUAGUGUUUGUGCAAAGUUUACUGUAUCUUAAACUUAGAUAUACUUAAAAAUGCAAUACAAGAUAUUUAUCUUCAAACAUAGAAAAAAAAAUAUGGAAGUACUAAUGGAAAACUCCUUUGUAUAGAAAAAAAAAUAUUUUUACUGCCACUGAUAUUAUUUUUCAACUGAUUCUGGUCAUAGUUGUGUAUUGAUAUGCCAAGCUGAAGGACACCUCCAGUUUUCAGCCCCUCUUUUUCAGUGGAGUCUUAUCCGUUCAUCAUUUACAGUAUAUUUUUAAAUGUCAGUGAAACUAAAUAUAGUUCAGCAUACCACUUCACAGAGAACUUCCAGGUGUGAGCUUUUAUUUAUUUUUCUUCUCUGACUUCAAGUCACAUGUGAUUGUAAGUCAAUUUGUCAUUGUAUAUGUCACAUACUGUAUUAGACUCACAAAUGCACAAGUAAUUUGACAUACUAUGUUGUUAUUAGACAAUAGACAUUAACUUAGGCUAUGUAUUAAAAAAGCUUUAUUCUUGGUAAAGUUGGGAUAUAAUUGUGUUUGGAUAAAAAUGCUUCAUUCAGUCAGUGAGACAGAUGACUUUUGUGCCAAAAUCGUCAGAUAAUGAGUUCUGUUGGCACGCCAGUCAGGGCAAGCAUAGUGUCGCAGAACACAAUUUAUUUGUAAAAUAUUCCAUUAUUAUGCUGUUAAAUGGAGACAGUUUCUAUACAACUCUUGGCUUUGUAGUAGUGUAGACAAUCAUUUGUGUUCAUAAGUUUUUGUUUUGUGUUAUUUCAAAGAAAUGGAGAUUUGCAACAUUCCUACCAUGUUUCACAUGCUUUUUAUGCUGAUUAUAGCUUUGCUUUAUCUUCAUCCCUGAGUAACAGAUUUUUCCACUUUGACUUUCCCCAACAGAAAAUCCUUUUAUUAAGAUGAAUUUGUCCCUGUGUUUUCCUACAUUCCUUAGUCCCACUCCAGGGUUUAAUUGUUAAUUGUCCUCUAGUUUCACUUUCCUUUUCCCACAGGGUGACCAAUAUCACUCAUUUUAUCAUAGUCUAUAGCAUAGUUCCAGGGAAAAUGUAUUAGCUAAUUUUUGUAGAUGUACUACUGCAAUUCAUUAAUUGAAUCUCAUCAUGUUUUUCUGUGAUGCAGAUUUAUUCAUACUGAAAUUAAAUUACAUGUAUAUUCACUAUUUUAUACUAUCUUAAUGUUUCUGUCUGUUUCUAAUUUAUGCUUAUAAAUUUGCUUAUUUAAUUAAUGCAUAGUGUAUCAUUGGUGUCUUACACCUGUUUUGCAAUGAUUUAUUUGCAGGUAUUUAAAUGUUUUACAUGCAGGUGCAAUUGCAGUAGUCCAAAUUUUUCUCUUGCCAUUGUGGGUGAUGAAUUAUAGGAUGAUUUUGUUCAGAUUUGUGGAAAAUGACCACUUGUUCACUGUGUACCUUAGUUCCUUUACAACUAUUGUACCUCUAGAACCCUGUUCAGUUUAACCCAGCAUUCUUUAUUUUAACAUUGGUAGGCAUUGCUUUAUUUUUUGUCAGGUUAACUUAAACCCUAUGUAGAAGUAACAUUAUUAAUCUGUAUUGUUAUUUGACAGUGAAAUGAGCUGUUCAUUUGCUAACAAUAUAAUGAGAUAUGUGUUGAACCAGCACUUCUAUUUUGGAUUUAUUAUCUGUUUGUUACCAGUUGUUUCAAUGAAAAAGACCUAUUUUAUGGAUAUUUUUUCACUUCUCUGUUAUUGAAUUGUAAAUAAAUAUCACAAUUUUUA